CUUUCCAGCUGCACGCCGUAUACGCAUACAUCUCAUAACGAUAUUCACCAUCAUGAUUUCUACCACUUGUCAAGUUACUUCGCGCUUGGCCAUUACGGGCCUCAUAUCGGUGUACUUCUUUAGAGACACCGUCGUCCGUCCUCAGGUUCUAUCUGGACGCGACAAGAAGGUCACCGCCGGUCAAAUCGUCGUGUCGACCUGCGUAUCGACGGUCAUUCUCGUUCUCGCCGCCCAUAGGACUGCUGCAAAGUUCCUCAGCGGCGAGAUCGGUGCACCCUCCACCGACGAGACCCUUACCGACACCGAUUGCCCAGCGUUACGACGUCAAGACACCACGAGCCGUUGCCCGCCCGUGAAUUCAGCAUCACUAGUUCCAGUCCAGCCUCCAUUUCUACCAUUUCAGCCAAUCUUAUCGUCACCUGUACUCGACCCAACGCCUUGUAAUACCAUUAUGAUCAAUUUAUCAACUUCUUCGUCACCUGUAUUCAAAUCAACAACGCCUUACAACAUCACUACCACCAUGGAUUUGCCAACUGCCUCGACACCUGUACUAGAUUCAACAGCGCCUAGCGACAUCACUACCACCAUGGAUUUGCCAACCACUUCGACACCUGUAAUCGAUUCAACAACACCUAGCGACAUCACUACCACCGUGGACUUGUCAACUACCUCGACACCUGUACUCGAUUUAACAACGCCUGGUGACAUCACUAUCUUCGAUUUGCCGACACCUUUAUCACCUGUAUUCCUAUCAAUACCUUCCGACAUCUCCAUCAUCGAGUUGCCAGAUCUCGCCAAUUGUUCCCGCUUAUCGUUCACAUCUGAUACUACCGUCAUAGCCCGCGACGACAAAGACGACUCGAAGAACACCUUCGCUGACGAUACCUCGAACACCAAAGAGGCCGAGUCGUCUGGCGACCAACGGACCUUCCACGAGGCUGAGGAACCAGAACCAGAACGUGCUGCACAGUCACAGGACAACUACGCUAUGACAGCUAAUCUGAUAAAAAAUCCUCCCUCUCGUCCGGCUAACCUUUGGCGACUUGCUUUGGUCGACAAAAUGAAGUCUACGAAUACUAACCCUGCUCUUCCUGGAUUUACUGAUCCCGCUAACGCUAACACCUCUCUUACCGGAUCCGCCCACCCCGCUAUCGCUAACACCUCUCUUACUGGAUCCGCCCACCCCGCUGACACCAAUGCUUUUCUUACUGGAUCUACCUACCCCACUCACGCGCUAGGUCAAAAGACGAAGGCCGCUGCCUCCUGGCUAAAGCCUCUGAUACUGGUCACGAAAUACGCCAGUCGACUUGUACCUCCCCCUCCUACAGCACUUCAAUACCCCCAGCCUGAGAAGCCCCGUCCGCAUAAGCUCAAGCCGCAAAAGCGCAAACACAGAGCUUCUCGAUCGAACGCAGCCUGCGACAGCAUCGUGCGUUCUCGCCUUCGGCGGCACGCCAACAGGAUUGUUGGCCACCUUGCGCAAGUCUGCGAGCAGAUUCGCGCCGACCAGGCAGUCCUAAUGGACGGCUGGGUUGCUGCCAUGGCGGGGCUGGGGCUCACCUCAACACUAGCUGGCAACCACCAAACGUCGCCAGGAUCGCCGCUCCCUCCUAUAGCUGAUGCUGUUUUAGUGUUAGAGCCUGGCUCACGCACAAAGGCCCGCAUUGCGUCGCUUCGCCAGCGAACGAAUGCAAUCGUAGCCACGAUUCCAGCUACCACCGCCACCACCACCACCAUUGCCUCGGUCUAAGACCUCUGACAUCUUACGCCCGCCCGUCGCCGCUUCAUUACUCACCACAGCGCCCAAGAACCACCCCCUAACAAUAUCACACUACGUACGAUAGCCCACCAUGUUCACGGGCCACAAGCCGAUGAGCACAAUACGAUGCUGUUAGGAAACCAUCGUUUCAUGACACUUACGCCACGACGCUAUCAAACAACACGACUUCGCGACACUCAAGCCAGAUCACGAAAGGCGCUACGACGCUCU